AUGAAACUUAGGCACGAGGUAGAUAAAGUAAAUAUCAGCAUGGAUCUAUUUUUAAAUAUUUGUGAUAAAAAUUUAAAUUUGAGCAGUUCUGAGGAAAGCUCUGACGAAAGCUCCGAGGAAAGUGUAACUUCAAAAGAAAUUGUUGAAGAUAAUGCAAAUGUCCCAGAAAUUGAUUUUUUGCCAGUAGAUCGCAUUGAUAAUGCCUUAAAUAAAUUACAAUAUAGUCAAACCAUUGUAGUUGUCAUUGAUGAUUUGUCCUCUCAUGAUAAACAUCCAGUUGGACAGGCUGAGUUAAUUUCUCAAACAAUUGAUGCGCAAAUUUCUCAAAAAAUAGAAGAGUAUGUCAAGGAAGGAGUAUAUAACAUAAGAGAAAUGAAACGCCUUCUUCGACUUGCUGUCAAAGAUAUUUUUGAAAAUGAAAACCUUCCUCCUCCAAAUAAUAGGAGAUUUUAUCCAUGUACUAGUACUAUAAGAUCGCAUAUUGUUAAAAUGAGACAAAAGUUAAGGAAAAUUUUUUUUUCAGAUGUCUCUAAGCAACCAUUAUGA